CGACUCUUCUCCAGAAGAGUCCAGAACGCCCCCCUCUCCACUGCGCAAACUCGUAACAUCCGCGGCGCACGCAAGACGUUGUUUUGAAAUCAGCCAAGAUGUCUGGCGGCGCAGUGGUAACGACGAACGAGCGCCAUAUGCGGGAUAAUAACUACAACAAUAACCUUUCAGAGGACAGAAUGGAUGUUGAUAUAGACCAGGGACACAACAUAACGGACCGCGGGGAUUUGGAGAGUGGAAUACAAGCCCCUAGUUCAUCAAAUGGCAGUGGAGGGGAGGACGAUGAGUCGGAGGCCAUUGAUAGAGAAAGAGAACCCGGGGGCUCGAGUAAACAGCGCUCUGGGGAAGGCGUGGUGUUGGGCUGCGGCAGGGAGCAAGAGGUGUCGGUCGAAAUCGGAGAGACAUAUUUAUGUCAGCGAGCCGAUAAGACAUGGCAUUCUGCUGAGGUGAUCCAGUCCAGGCUGAACGAACAGGAGGGCAGAGAAGAAUUUUACGUACACUAUGUUGGAUUUAAUAGACGUCUGGAUGAGUGGGUGGGCAAGGCUCGUCUGGCCCUGACCAAGACGGCGAAGGACGCAGUGACAAAGAUUGCAGAGGGGGGAGGAGGAGGUGAGCUCGGGGAGCAGCCAGAGAGAAAGAUCACCCGUAACCAGAAACGCAAACACGAUGAGAUCAACCACGUGCAGAAGACAUACGCAGAGAUGGACCCCACCACAGCUGCCCUGGAGAAAGAGCAUGAGGCAAUCACCAAAGUGAAGUAUGUGGACAAGAUCCAGAUUGGGAACUUUGAGAUCGACGCUUGGUACUUCUCCCCGUUUCCAGAGGACUACGGCAAGCAGCCCAAGCUAUGGAUCUGCGAGUACUGCCUCAAGUACAUGAAAUACGAGAAGACCUUCAGAUAUCACUUGUCCCAGUGUCAGUGGAGGCAGCCACCUGGGAAGGAGAUCUACCGAAGGAGCAACAUCUCUGUGUAUGAGGUGGAUGGACGCGACCACAAGAUCUACUGUCAGAACCUGUGCCUGUUGGCCAAGCUCUUCCUUGACCACAAGACCCUCUACUUUGAUGUGGAACCUUUCGUCUUUUACAUUCUGACGGAAGUCAACCGCCAGGGAGCACAUAUUGUGGGAUACUUCUCCAAAGAAAAAGAGUCACCAGAUGGGAACAAUGUGGCGUGCAUCCUGACCCUCCCGCCCUACCAGCGCAGAGGCUACGGAAAGUUCCUCAUAGCCUUCAGUUAUGAACUGUCUAAGUUGGAGAGCACAGUUGGUUCUCCAGAGAAGCCCCUCUCAGACCUGGGCAAGCUGAGCUACAGGAGCUACUGGUCCUGGGUGCUGCUGGAGAUUCUCAGGGACUUCCGAGGGACUCUGUCCAUCAAGGACCUCAGUCAGAUGACCAGCAUCACCCAGGGUGACAUCAUCAGCACGCUGCAGUCGCUUAACAUGGUGAAGUACUGGAAGGGCCAGCACGUCAUCUGUGUCACACCCAAACUGGUGGAGGAGCACCUCAAGAGCGCCCAGUACAAAAAGCCGCCAAUCACAGUUGACACAGUGUGUCUGAAGUGGGCCCCGCCCAAACACAAGCAAGCCAAGUUCUCCAAGAAGUGAGAGGAGGAGCCUUGAUGCCAGGCCUCCCAACCAAUCCGCACACGCAUGGCAUUCAUUUUCGUUGCCCCUUCACUUGCCCCUACUCCCAACCAAUUUAAACUCUGUUCUAAAGAGAAACCAACACAUGUACAUUACUAGCGUCUUUCAGUCUUUUUUGUUU